AGAGGACAAAGAAUGCAAAGGUUACAUGAUAGGAUGUCCUCAUGUGUCACGCCCAGCAGCAUGGUUCACUAAUUCCUAUAAAAUCCAUAAUCAAAACUUGAUCGGGAAAAUGAAAUUCCUGUUUUUAGCAACAUUAUUUUUCUCCUACAUUGUACCAGGCCUUUCUUAUUGCUUUGCUUCCAAUACUACCCUUCCAAGCUGUGUCGUCUGUGAUCCUAAUGCUUCAUGUAAAAGAGGGAAUGAUUUUGCAUGCGAGUGUAAUGCUGGUUACGUCGGAGAUGGAGUAAAAUGCUACAAUAUAUCAACGUGUGCAAUCCAGAACUGCUGUGAUCCUGGUUUUCAGUUUAACACUACCACCAACUGCUGUGAUCCAAAAUUGUGCUUACCAGCUUGUGCCAAGGAUGAACUAUGCCAGGGUUCUGGAAGAGCAUCAAACUGUUACUGUAAUCCUAAUACAUAUACUGGGAUUGGACUCUCAGCCCUUGUCCCAGCCCUUACCUGCCAGUCAACUUCAUACACAAUUGGUAUUAGCAAAUGCCAUUUGGAUGCUUUGGGCCUAAACUCAUCAGCAGUAUAUCUAAAUAACAUGACGUGCAGAGGAUCUCCACAAAUAAUUGGCUCCCAAAGCAUGGUUGCCAUUACAGUCAAUCAGAACAUUCUGCAGUGUGGAACCAUUGAAUCGAGUAAUAGCACACAUGCAAUUUUUUCCAACACGCUCUUCAUUGACCCUGCUUUAGUCCAGGGAUUAUUUUAUACAUCUGCUGGCAUAAACAUUCCAUUCCAUUGUGCCUAUCCAAUAAACAUGACAGCAAGUGUGUUAUCAGCAGUAAACCCAGUUAUAAGCUCUACAACACUUCAAUCUCUUAAUGGUUCUGGAGUCUACAGAGCUGUGAUGUCUCUUUUCAACAGUUCUGCUUUCACAUUUCCCUAUACAAAUGGUCCUAUAAAUGUGACUGCAGGGACAACAAUGUAUUUUGGAACAUUUCUUCUGGAUGCUUACAACACAACCCUUGCUUUAGUGACAGAUUCCUGCUAUUUCACUGCUACCAACAACUCUGCCGAUACCACUAGAUAUACACUCAUGCAGAAUGGUUGUUCUGUUGUUUCAAGUUCUGCUUUCCAAAUAAUAGAAAAUGGACUGAGUACUCAAGACCGUUUCAGUGCGCAGACCAUAAAAUUUGCUAAUUCAAAAGAAAUGUACCUAUUUUGCGAUGUCCAUAUGUGUGACAAGACCCAUGUUGCAAGCUGUGCACCAACAUGUUCCUCUACAAGAAGUGGAAAAUCCUCUGACACUGAAGGAAGCCAGACAUUAGGCAUCAAAUUGUUGUUUGGUGAUGACACACCAAGCUCAAGUGCUUCAGCUUAUCCUAAAGGUGUCCAGUGGAUUUUGGCCAUCUUUUCCGCACUUGUGUUGCUGGGCUGGAACUGAAUUUAAAAUAAGGACAAAUGACAAUGGAAUGAAGUAUCUGGGAAACAUAUGAAGUUAUUUUUUGCUGCUAUUCUCUACGUCUCUGAUUAAACUACAGACUUCUGCAAUGAUUGUUAGACUUUUUAUUAUUUAUGCAUCAUUAUACAGAAAACAUUUGUAUACAAAAAAAUGCGCACACAAAUCCAGAAAGAAGAAAUGUGCAUUAUUUAUCAAUGUAGGUAAGAGACUGGUCUUAAUGCUGUUCACAGAUAACUGUAUGUUUUAAGAAUCAUACAACUUAAAUAAACAAUCUUUCUAAGCA